AUGUCCACAUCAAACCCCACCCCAACCCUCCGCGCCCAGCUCUCAACCCACCUCCUCCACUCCGGCGCCUACGACCGAAUCAACUCCCACCUCCGUCUCCGUCUCGAGGAAUGUGGGUGGAGUAGUGAGAUGAGGGCGUUAGCGCGUGAACAAUCCAGAGCACAAGGACAAGUCAAGUUCGACCAACUCCUAUCCGCAAUCGAACAAAAAGGAGUGGAAUCCGUUCCCGACACGAUCAAGAUCGAGAUCCUCGGUAUGCUGAGAGAGGUGUUGGAGGAGGUCGUGGAGUUGCCUUAG